AUGGAAGGAGAAACACCGAUUCUACCGACAGACUUCUUGCAAGACCUUGAUUUAUGGCUCUUGCAGGACGUUCCAAUGUCUCCUACGAUACAUACACAGAGUAUAAAUGAAGAAGAAGGAAAUGCUGGUGUUUUGAGCAAUGAGACGGUGUUUUUGACACCUACAGCUCCAGUGACAGAUACCGAGAAGAUUGAAGCCGAUAGCGGCUUUGUAGCUGCUUUAGAAGAAGAUGUACUGCCAUGGGCAGAUCUUGCAGCAGUUUCUCCAGUUACUGGUGAAUCCGUGACAUUAACACGUCCAGUGUUAAAGUCUUUGAUGCCUCAGUCAGUUGAAAAAGCCUCUGAGACGAACACUGCACAGACGAGGAAAGGAAGACCUCCUGCUUCGUCUAAGACGACAUUAUUAGAGCCUCCUAUGAAAAAGGGAAAGAAGAACAAGAGCACAAGUCAAAGACAAAAGGAGGAGCUGACUUAUUUACGAGAAAAGUCGGAGCAACUUGAGGUAGAGUUAAUGUCGAUCAAGCAGCGGAAUCGAGAAGAAGUAGAGCAACAGCAACAAAACAAAGAGGAAGAAGCACGAUCUGGUGGAUUUGAGACGUCAACGGCAAUGAUUACUAGAAAACUAAAGGAUCUUGGCGGACCUAUGCAACCAGGGGUAUCGCUUUGGGAAAGAAUAGCGAAACGACAAAGAGAGGAGAAGGCAAAAUCCGAAUUGGAGAAUCUUAAGCUUCGUGAGAUGGUGCAGGGCCAGAUGCGGCUUGCAAAGAGCUUGGAGAGAUUGAUUCGAAAACGAAAGAUUUGGGACCAGCUACAAGGAAACAGUAGCACUCAGGACAGCAGGGAAGGCAUGAAUGAGGAAGAAACAUAUGAGGAGAUGCUGCGAGAAGUGGACGCCCAGUAUUCACACGUUAAUGCAGAGCUGAGAGGCCAUGGAGUCGGCGAGUCGGAUCCAGCUGUUGAUUCGAAUGUCAGAGAUGAUGCAAAGAUGAAUUACUCACCAGCGGAUGGUAUGUUUUUCGAGCACAAGGAAAAGAAGUUUAUGCCGUUUGACUAUUUACUUUUGGACAAAGUAAUGUGGCGGUCUUUUGGUGAGGGGAAGCUCAAACAUGAAGACACCCAGCUGACGAUCCUAAAGAAAAAGGCAGACAUGGUGCUUGCUAAGGCUGUACGCCCGCUACGACGAAAAGAUGAAAACAAGGAUGUUGGCUUUUCGAUCGAGACCUCUGUCAUCAAGCGAUUCAGUGAAGGUGAUCGAGUGGUGUUUGUGUGGUUCUCCAAAACAAACGCAAAGCGUUUACAAGAUAAGACCGUUUCUCCUGUAUUGCUUGUGCAUAAAGGAUGGGGGGCUAUAGAAGCCGCAAUACUUCCAGACGGCUCUCAUGGCAGUGUCAUUCGCAGCUAUACGCGCUCGGUGCCGACCUUCUCAAGCCAACUAUUGGGAGAAGAAUCAGGACAGAAAGACACGGAGCACCGUGAAGCUGGCCUGCUCACGGAGGCAGUAUUUGCUGCAUACCAGCAAAGUCGUCAGAGUGUGAACCAGAUAAUUGAAAACCUUCUUUUGGACGAAAUGAUGACAAAGAAUGCGACCUUGACCCCUGCAACAUCAAGAACGGACACCAAUGUGAGUUUAUUGAUGUAA